UAACUCUAUUGGAAUACGAUUAAAAUAACCAAAAUGCCUGGACAAUCUCAAUCUGGUGCACCAGCCUCGUCAGGAGAAAGAAUUUUGAGGAAUUUAGAAAUGGAUAGAAGUCGAUUUAUGGAGGAUUUUCAACCAGAAAAUAGUAGGAGAGAAAGGCGUAAACGAAGAUUGGAUAAUGCUGGAGCUACAAGCAAUGCUCUCUACGAUGAUAAAGGUUUUUACAUCGAUUCAGGAAGAGAUUUAUGUGAUUGCUUAUCUAUUACAUGCCCUGGUUGCCAUUUCAUGUGUCGCAAGUGCAAAUCGCCUAAAUGUGGAGCUGAGUGUCGAGUUGGAAGAACAUGGGAUUAUGAACAAGUGUCAACCCAAUCCAUUAACAGUACGAAUUUUGUAGAUACACGCAAAAAUGUUAAUCAUUGAAUGGACCAAAUGUUAUUCAAGAGACUUCAUCUCAUAUUUUUUGUUGGAAACGUUUAAUGCUGAUACACUAUAAGAUCUCAGAAACAUGCCCAUUAAAUUAUUUUGCUAAAGAA